AUGGCUACACCAUCAUCAUCACCAAAGAAGAAAAUUAUUGAAGUAGAAGCAAAUACUACAACACCCCGUGGUGCAACAAUUAGAUUAACUGUAGAAUAUCGAAUUCGUCCACCGGCUUCAACUGAAACAGGUCCUAUAUAUGAAGAUGUAUCAAUGAAAAAAACUGUUGAUGUUAAUAUGGGUACAAAUGGUCAAUACAAACAACAAGCAACAUAUAAUUAUGGAAGUGAAAAAGAUUUAAGAACAAAACAAUCAAUUAUUGAACGUACACCUAUUGUUAUACAAGCUCCUGUAAUCUCAAAUCCAAUAGAUAGAAAAGAUGAUAAUAUAAUUGUACCUGAAACAAUAGUUGAACAUAUAAGUGAAGAUGAAAAAUCAACAUCAAGUGAAGAAGCUUUUUUUGAAGAAUGGAGUGAAGAAUUUCGUUGCCGUCGUACAGAUGAAUAUGAUCAAAAUACAAAUAAAUUAUUACGAUCAAUAAUUGAUGAAACAAGUGAACGUAUUAAAAGUGAUGUUAUUAAAGAAGAAUAUAAAGAAAAAAAUGUACGUAUUAAACGACAUAGAAGUUAUGAUGUUAUUAGAGAAGUUAAUCGAAUUGUACCAUCACCUACAAUAAUACCUAUUAAUCAAAUACAAACUCGUCGUUAUGAGGAGAUUCGUCAACCUCCUCCUAUUUCAUCUUCCACAUUACCAAUAUCGAUGACGAUGUCAUCGUCAUCACCAUCAUUACUACAAGAUCGUCAAUGGACAACUGAAGAUACUUAUACAGCUGAAAUAGCAUAUGAUUCAAAUCUUGCAAAAAAUAUUGAAUCACGUAAAGAAAAAUUUGAUUUAUCAUCAAAAAAUUAUGAUCAUGUACGUCCUAGUCGAUAUUCACCUAUACCACCAACAACACAAGCUAUGAUAACAACAGUACCAUCAUCAAAUUAUGAACGUAUAUCAACUAUUGUAACACCAACAACAUUAAACUAUCCAGAUAUACGAAAACAAGAAUAUGAAGAUGUUGUUAGUGAAGAAUAUCAUGUUGAAAUUGAAACACCUAAAGUUCGAGAAGAAACAUCAGAAGAAGAUUUAACUGAUAAUUAUAUCACGACAAAUCAAACAUCACCAAGUCGACGAGAUUCAGAUUGGCGAAAUAGACUUCGACAAAUCUAUGCUCCAACAUCUGAUGAUGAUCGAUUUGAUCAGUAUAAAGAGUACACCAGUGGAAAUUACACUGCUCAACGUGUAUCCGUUAUUCCAUCAUAUCCUCAACAACGUUAUAAAGAAGUUCCAAUUGAUGUUCGUGAACGUAAUAGAACAUAUUUUGAUCAACGAAAAUUUACAUCAACACCUUCAUCACAACAUCCUACCAAAGAGAUAGUCAUAUCUGUACCACGUAGAUCACCAUUUGGAAAAAAAUAUCAUUAUUCAUCUACGGAUGAAUAUGAGCAGAGAAAGAAAAGAGUACAUUUUGUUGAUUCUGGCGCACGAGAAAAAGUUAUUUCAACAUCAUCUGUGGAUGAUGAUGAUGAUCGUCAACAAUCAUUAAAAUAUAGAUCUUCAUCAACUCUUGAUGAAAAUCGAAAACAAUAUGAACCAAUUAUAUCACGAACUGAUCGACCAACAUUUGGUCGUGUUGGUGAAUUAAAAAAUGCAUUUGAAACAACUCGUAAUGAAUUUACUAAAGAUGAUAAUACAUCAAAAUAUCAAACUUCGAUAACUACUGGUUUAACAGAACAACGACGAAAAAUUUUUGAAGAACGUGAACCAACAAAUAAAGAUCAUGCACGACGAUCGAUCAAUGAAUUUGAUACAAAUGAACGUCGUAUGAGUGAAACUCAUACAUCACCAUCUAUUGUAACUGAUCGUUUAUCUCAUAUUGAUAGUAUUGAAUCAAAAUCAACAUCACGUAUACAACCAAGUGAUCGUCUUGGUAAAACAGAAUUUGAUGCUAUUACAUCGAAACUUGAAUCUUCAAUAGCUAAAACAUUACCACAGACAACAAUUGAUAUACAAAUACGAAAAAAACAAGGAACAUCAUCAACAAUUGAUUCAGAUUUAAAUCGUUUAUCACAAACAAAUUAUCAAACAACAUUAAAAUCAACUAAACAAAAACAUAUUGAAGAUGCUGGUCAUGAAAGUGAAGAUGAAUUAAGUGAUCCAAAACAAAAUUAUGAUACACGACGACAUAUAUCAAAAGCACGUUUACGAGAUUUUUCACAAAGUACAUCACAACCAGUUGAUACUAAUUUAACUGUACAACGAACAACAACUAAAUUUAAUGAAAGAAAUAUGGAAAAUAUACUUUCACAUGUACCAAUAAGUAAAGGUAUAUUAGUUGAACUUGCAUCGAAUUUAUCUCCAAGUCCAACAAAAUCAAUUCAUGAACAACCUAAAUCAAAUCUUACAACUGAUUCUGGUAUAUAUGAAUAUUCAACAACAACAAGUCAACAAUUACGAACAAGUUCACCUUCUUGGCGUAAUAAUGUAUCAACAUCUAUUAUUGAUGAUGCAACACGUACAUAUGAAAAUGGUGUUCAUAUUGAUUCAACAACAACAUCAACAAGUUCACCUUAUGUUCGACGAGAACAAAUUUCCGAUGGUGAUCAAACAACAAUUCAAAAUAUAGAUGAUUCAAUAUCACGAUCAACAUAUAAAUAUAAUACUGAAAUAACAUCAAAUGAACCAAUAAAUACUCAUCAUCAACAACGAAUUGUUCGACGACAAUUAAUAAGUUCAAAACCAGAUGAUUAUGAAAAUCUCUCAAAUUAUCAAAGUGGAAUUGAUAAACAAAAUAAAAUUCCAAUAACAACACAAUCACGUUCAAGAAAACCAUUAGUUGUUGAUGAAAUUGAAACAAUUGAAACUGAAACUCAUGUUGAAUGUCAAGUACAACGAACAAAUGAAAUAAAAGAAUCAACUAAAACUGAACGUAUAUCAAGUCCAAUAAGUUCACCAAAAAAAAUUACUACAGCAAUAUCACAUUCAACAUAUAGUCCAUCGGAUGAAAUAACACCAACAAAACGUAAAUUAGUUAAUGAACGACCACAAUAUUAUGAAUCAACGAAAACAACUGCUGAUUCAUCAAUACAUGAAGCAAUACCAGUUCGUAUUGAAGAAACAUGGUUUAAACCUAUUGAACGUGAACAAUCUCAAGAAAAUUUACGUUUAAGUCCAUCAACACGAACAAAUAAUAUUAGUACACAUACUAUGGAAGUAACAUCAUUAAGUCCACAAAAUCAAAUUACAUUUGGUAAACAUUCAACAAAUGAAAUUGUUGCAAUUGUUCGUGUACCUGAACUAACAAAUGAUAUUAAUACAACAACAACACCAAUACGUCAUGGUAUCAGUGAACCUGAACUUCAUGAAAAAGUUAAACAAGAUGAUGGACGUUCAAGAUUACAUUAUCAACGUGUUCAUGCAACAAGUUAUCUUCCACCAUCGACUAGUCAACAAUAUAGACAACGACAAAAUCGAUCACGAAUUGGUCCUAGUGGAACUAAACAUGACCAUUCUUCUUCCAUAGAUUUUCCAGCACGCUCUUCAUCUUAUCAUGCAUCUUUACACGAUCAAAACCAACAACGGCAACAACAACAGUCAUAUUCUCCUAGUUCAAAAUUAACAUAUCAUCCUCAAACAAAAUAUCAUUCUGGUAGUCUUGGUAAUUUAGAUUUUGAAAUUGAAAUUGAAAAACGUCCACCUCAAACAAUACAACAACCUACUGUUGUUUCGCUUGAUCAAAAUUCACGUGCUAUUGUAACAACAUCAAAAGAUGGUCGUGUUUCAAUACAAAAUAUUUCUGCACGACCAGGAAAUAUAGUUACAAUUAAUAGCGAUUUUCAUUCAUCAGAUCGUUCAUUAAAUCGUUCAUCAGGUUAUUUUAGUUCGGAUGAAUUUCGUUGUCAAGGUUUGAAUACAAAUUAUUCAAGUGAUGAACAAUCUAAUAGUCCGUAUCAAACAUAUUCAUCACAAUAUUAUCCUAAACAAUCAUAUAAUUUUGAUCAAGUUAAUGAAUUAGUUCAUAAUUAUUCACAACCAUCAAAUAAUUUAAAUCGUUUUAAUGAAACAAUCGAUCAAAUUGAUGCACUAUAUAAUAAUCUUGAUGUACAAACAAAUGAUCAAAAAUAUAAAUUUUCUAAACCAAUAACAACAAAAAAUCGUCGAAAAGAAUUAUCAAAAAAUUCAAAUGAUUAUUCAACACGUUAUACAUCAACUGGUUUUCAACAUAUACCAUAUGAACAACAAACAAUAUCUAAUAAUAAUAAUAAUAAUAAUAAUAAUAAUACACAAAAUUGGACAUCAUCAUCAUCAUUAACUAAUCUUGUUAUGUCAACACCAAUACGACCAUCAAAAUCAUUAUCAUCAUCAGGAAUUGUAGCUGGUUAUGAAACACCUAAUUCAAUUAGUCCAAAUUCAGGUUAUGGUUCAACACAAAAUAUGAUUGUAUAUCAAAAUCGUUUAAAUGAUCAAUCUCAAAUAGUUCAACGUAAUCGAACAUCAGUUAAACAAGUUAAACAAAAAAAUGCGGCUAAGAAAAAAAGUGGAUUAACUCAAGGACAUUAUAGUGAUGAUGAUGAUGAUGAUGAUAAUGAUUCACCUUUAUCAGAUCAUGGUGGUUUAGAACAACGCUCACAACCAUCAUCUCGAUUAUACAAUUUUAAUAAUUAUCAUCAAUAA